AUGUGCCCUCAUCUGUGUCGUAUGGACAUCAUCCUCUGCGUCAUGACCGUCUUCAUUGUCGCUCUCUUCCAUCGGGGCAAGACCAGCGUCGAGCUCAACUCGACUCGAAGUACGCCAUUCGGACCCGAGAUCAGUGUCGAGCAGAACUCUCUCGGUACUGCAUUCGGCCGUGUCGAGAAAAUUAAGCCCGGAACGCUUCCAAUCAGCACGUCGGACCUGUACGAGAAUUCGAGUUCGAUAGUUAUCGCCGACGCACCCUCACAUCGAGUCUUAUCCAGACACCGGCGAUCGGUCCUUCAGCUUGCUUCGAUGCUGAAGUGCGUGACCGGCUGCAGUCCGCUAGCAUUUCAGGGUUACGGUUGUUUCUGUGGGUACAUGGGGGACGGCGCGCCGGUGGACCCAAUUGACACAUGCUGCUUGGAGCACGACUGGUGUUAUUCCGCGACCCGCUGCUCUCACCUGUCAACUUAUCUUUUACCCUAUCAUUGGGGCUGCGCUGGACCGGGAAUCGCUUACUGCUCACUCACGGAUUCUCUGAGCCCUCAUUACGGAUGUGCACAGCAACUCUGUGAUUGUGAUCUCCAAUUCGCAAGAUGCAUAAGCCGAUAUCCGUGUCCCGGACACCGACCGAGUUGUCAUCACGGUGGGCGCUCGCUCAUUCGCGACGUACUGAACGGCAAAGCAGCUCUUCAUCACUGGCGGAUCCAGCACACCGAUCCCCUCGCAGUAGCGCAUCUAGUCGAUCACAUUCUCCAGGACGAAGACGAUGGGAAAGAGGUCAAGAAGAAAUCGAAGAAGAAGAUAACAUUGAGCGCAGGCGUACACAGAGAUCCCUUCGCGACUAGCUGGUUCCCCAAUCUGCACGCCAAUGUGCAAAUCGAGAAAGACAAUGAGCAAGCUAAAAAAAAGUCCCGGAUAAGAAAAUCAUUAUUGGAAAUGGUGGCUUCCAAGGAGCGAAUGAUGGUUCCGGUGUUCCAGGAGGGAAUAGCGGUUCCGUUUUCCCGGGAGGAAAUGGCGGUUUCGGUCUUCCAGGAGGAAAUGGCGGUUCCGGUUUCCCAGGGGGGAGCGGCGAUUCCGGCUUUCCAGGAGGGGAUGGCGGUUCCGGCUUUCCAGGAUUUUCGAGCGCUAAUGUCCCGAGCUCUGGGGGAGGUUUUGGUUCGGGGAGCAACUUCGGUUUCGGACAGGCAUCCCAAACUCAUGAAAAGUCAGUCAUCGACAGGGUCGGAAAAAAAAGUCGAGAAACUCGUUGCUGAAUCAAAGAUCACCCCGAAGUUUGACAAGGUUUUCCGACAUGACGUAGACGUAGCGCUGUACCUGAGGACAUCACCGAAACCUUCGAAUAACCGUUUCCCCAGCUUGCCGCAAACUUGGUUCAAUCGAUACUACGACUCGAUUGCCAACUUGGCCAAUCGGAAUUUCACGAAAGUCUUCGAAGUCAAUAGGCCGGAGACUAAACCCUCGAAAUUCAGCCAUCGGAAGAACGAAAUCCGACUUCCAGCAUCCGAUUCCACAGCUGCAGCGUCUCAGAGCGGUUCCCCGAGCAAGAAACUCAGCCAAUACUACGGUGAAAGCGGAUUGAAGCAAGGAACGAAACGAUAUGAUGUCGAUCGCAUCACUUACGUCCUCGGGAAGCCCCUCACCGAGAGGCCCAAGUAUUCGAGGAUCCUAUUUCCCGGCCCGAGCCGACUCUAA